GGAAAGCAAGUGUACACUUCUCUUCAGUAAUUAGCUGAUUCAUGUUUCAGCAUCUUCGAGGAAAACCCGUCACGUUUAGCGCGUUUUUCUUGUAAAAAUUACAUUUUACUCUCGGCUCCCUGUCAGCUAUGUGGGACAUCAGUGAAGCCUCUCUACUGGAUUAUAUCUAUUCCUCUGGAGGAAAAGUAAAAAAUUCAGACUUGUCCAAAACAUAUAAGCAUUUUAUAAACCAUAGCGAUUUGCAACUACGUGCCAAAUACAGAGAAGAGUUCAAACUCAUCAUUGACAAAAUUGCUGUGGUGAAAUCUGAGAAUGGAGAGAAAUACCUCGUCCUUAAGAAGAAGUAUAGACAGCUGAUGCAAGAGCAAGAGUCUGGUCAUGGAAAGGAAGGAGAAUCAAGCAAAAAGGUUCAUCAGACUCCUCAGAAUGAGCUCCAGGUCUUAAACCCAGUGCAGGAUCCUCAUCCAACAGACGUGGCUACAAAACAGAAGCCAGCUCAGGUGGCCUGGUGCACAGGGCCCAUACUCACAGUCACAGAGGCUCCAGAACCGACCCAGACACAUGAUGAGGAAGACAGCACCCACUUACUACUAUCAGCUGCAGAGAAACUGGAAGCACUGACGGAGGAACUGUCAGAAUCAGAUAGAGAAGAUGACCUCGAUAAGGACUCAGGGUCAAAGAGUGAAUCAGAGCACGAUGAGGAAUGUGGAGGCAGUUUGGGAACCACUACAGUAGCUCUGGACCCUAUUGAGAAAGAAUGGAUUUUGUCUGCAGCAAGUGGCAAACUGUCUCACCUCACUCAGCUGCUGAAACAAGACUCUUCUCUAGCCAAUAAAAAGGAUUUUACCUCAUUUACCGCCUUGCACUGGGCUGCAAAACAAGGUAAAGUGGACAUGACCACGGUCUUAGCAGAUGCAGGGGCAGACAUUAAUAUGAAAGCAGGAUACACACCUUUACACAUUGCAGCACUUCAUGGCCAUCGGCAUAUAGUUGACCUGCUUGUUAAUACGUACGGAGCAAAGGAGAAUCUGAGGGACUACAGCGGUCACUUUGCCUAUCAUUACCUCAAUAUACGAGAGACACAAUCAAACAAUCAAGGCAAUGAACUAUCUGAAGCCAGCAAGUGCCACAAUCUAGUCCAAGCCAGCGAGCGCAGAAACAGAAAGAUCACGUCACUAUUUCACUCCAAGAAGAAAUGGGGAUCUGCAGAAGAGCUUGCUCCGGUACCAGAGGAGAGGACAGUUGCACACCAACUCAUGCUACCUGCAUUCAGGCCCAGGAAGUUCUCACGGUAGACAAAGUGAACUCCAAAUAUGUUCAGUUCUGCUUUAACACUAAGAUUAUGUAUAGUUCGAAUUGGACUUGCUUUGUACUUGCUUGAGCAUCUUGUGUGAUUUAAUGGAAACAAGGAAAUCAAUUGUACUAUAUUACGCAGUAUGUUAUAAGUGUAUAAUGGUGCUGUUAUAUUAUUUCUGCCUUUUUUCUAUUCGAUUACGGAGUUUAAAGGUUUACAAGUUUCGUUGAACAAUGAAACUAAGCGUUUUUAAACAUCACACGAUUCUAGUGUUUUAGCAAGUAUACAGAAUUCAAUUUCACACUUGAUUAAAGGUCAGAGCCUUCUCUUAAAGAGAGAUCAAACUUUGGAGAGUUUUUGAAGAGAGACCAAACUUUUUUAAACCAAAUCUAGCUUUGUUUUGCUUUAUCUUCACCUUACACCUUUGCCACCUUUGGGGAGGCUGUGGCUCAGGUGGUAGAGCGGGUUGUCCACUAAUCGCAGGGUUGGCGGUUCGCUUCCCGGCCCACAUGACUCCACUUGGCGAAGUGUCCUUGGGCAAGACACUGAACCCCAAGUUGCUCCCAAUGGCAGGCUAGCACCUUGCAUGAUUUCCCACUAAAAGAAGAAAAUGCCAUUUCUUCAAUAUCCGCCAUAUUUUAGUUUUGUUUUUUGCAUUUUAAAGUCCAUUUUUAUAGUAAGACAAAGCUGUAUAUUGCAUUCCAAAGGAUGAUGCUGCAUAAAUCUGCUAGUUUGUGACUUAUAUUUGAAGUCUGCUGGUUUGCAGAGAUGUUAAUGUGUCUUUCUUCAUGCCGGAAUCUUUAUUCUCAUGUAAUUUAUGUUUGCUGAUAUUAAAAAUAAAUUGUACUUUGG